AUGGAGACCUGCCUGAAAGUCCUGCUGCUCGUCGGGGUGGUCACAGCAGCCCCCACACCAUCAUCAGCCCCUCUGCCAACCCACGAGGAUGCGAUUUUAGCUGCAGUUCAGGUGUACAACCAAGAGCCAGGCACAACACUGGCCUAUCGGCUCCUGGAAGCUGAGCCGCAGCCAGACUGGGAGAGUGACCUGGGGAAUCGCUUUGAUGUGUCUUCUAAAACUAUCCAGCCGGUGACAUUCACUGUGAAAGAGACAGUAUGCCUGGUAUCAGAGAAACGCGACCCCAACCAAUGUGAAUUCAAAGAAGAUGGGCUGGUCAAAGACUGCUCUGGAUUCUUCUCCACUGAACAGGACCCCCCUUCCAUCAUUAUCAAAUGCGAGGAGGUGUCUGAGGAGCCUAAUGUCGUCACACGGGGCCGCUGGAAAAGAUUCUGGAGAGGAACUGGCAAUUUUUUUCGUAAACAUGGUUUGAACAUCCUUAGUACUGGUCUCAAAAUAAUUGGCUAA